ACGUCAGAGGACCGGCGGAAGAAACCGAGCGAGUCCGAGCCUAGAGAACAUCACAGAGGAGCUUCGCGAAGUUGUCUGCGGAAAGGAAUAUUCUCCCGUAACAAGCAUGAUUAAGGACUGCCUGCAGUUCCUCAUUGAGCCGGCCAAGAAGCUCAAGGUCCGCCUGAAGGAGUCUCGUAGACGAGUGAAACAUGACAGGAAGGAGCCGCUGGUGGAGAGUCAGUUGUUCAUCAUGGAAUUGGCCCGAGAACUCAACAAAAUUUGCCAGAGGUCCAACAUCCUCAGCCACAUCUGGACCGGUGAGGACGUCUGGCCGGCCGGUGUGUGUCGUGAUUUCAUCGUGGAGUGGGCCGCCGUGUUGGAGAGGAGAGUCCAGCCGAGGAUCAUCCCCUCCGAACAGCAGCACGAGAAGGCCGAGAGGAAAGACUGGAAGGGACAUCUCCUCUGCAUGCUGGAGGCCAGGGGGGAGGGAGACAUGGGGCCCCACAAAAGAGUCAUCAUGGAGUGGACGCGGGGGAUCAAGAGCAGACCUCAGCCCACCGUCUGGCCGGGCGAGCCGGUGCUCAUGAUGCUGGACGACCUGGAGUUCCAGUGGAAGAGGGGCCGUCUCCUCAACCUGCUCCCCGCAGUGGAGCUUGUCAUGCUGGCUGUGAUGAAUGCCGACAGCCCCGUCAAGAAAGACGUGACCAAGCAGUGGCUGGGGAGAAAGCAGAGGAGCCAGAAGAUCGACGCUGUCCGCUACAUCCCUCACAGCGUGUGGAAUUGGAUUUGCGAUGCUGCAGAGGAGGUCACGCUGGACUCUGACUCGGCCAACGCGGACCUGCUCAUCUCCGGCGACGGGAAGCGCAUGCGCUGCGGCCUGGAGCGCCGCCAGGUCCCGCGGUGCCGCCAGCGCUUCGACGGCUGGUGGUGCGCCGCCGGCCGAGAGGGCUACACCUCCGGGCGCCACUACUGGGAGGUGGAGGUGGGCGAGAGAGACUGGCGGCUGGGCGUGGCCAAGGCCUCGGCGGCGAGGCAGGGCUUCCGCUCGCUCACCACAGAUGCGGGCUACCUAACCCUCCGGCUGGAGAGGGGAACGGACCUGAAGGCACUGACGGUGCCCGCCGCCCCGCUGCCGCGGAGCCUUGCGCCCAGGAAAGUAGGCGUGCACCUGGACUACGAGCUGGGCCAGCUGUCCUUCUACGACGCUGAUAAGCGAGCCCACCUGUACACCUACAACGAGAAGUUCACGGAGGAACUGUACCCCGUGUUUGGGACCGUGGAGGUGGUCAGGGACCUGGUGGUCAGGCCCGCGGGUGUGAGACUGCCGUGCCUCUGCCCCGGGCCCUGCCUCUGGAACUGAGCUGCUGCUUCACGCAAACACGACCACCAUCGUUCUGUUACUCUGGCUUCAUGGAGACAUGCUGUGUUUCACUAUUUGUAUCGUGAGGAUGGGUGUUUAAAAGGUGGUUUGGUCGUUUCCACGCAGUUCAACAAGCUUCGAGCAUUAACCCAAAUGGCCCAUGGUUUUUCAUUUCUGUAUCUGCAAGGUAUACCUUUUUUUAUUACUUUUUUAAAAUUAUGAGCUGAAAGCUGCUGACUAGCAAAGUCACAAUAGCUUGAAGGCACUGGUUCUGAUGUGAACAGAACAGCUUGCUAACGUACAGCAGGCAGAUGAGUAGGUCGAUGCAUGUGAUGAGUUAAGUAUCGCUGUUUGCUUUCUUCCCAUCCCAAGAAAUAUUUCAAUAAACUGCAAAUGCUGCAA